UAGUGCCACCCCCCAGCUCAACAAAGACAUUUCAGCGGCGCUGUAACUUCGUCGUGAGUAGGAGAGCGACACGGUUUAUUUGAGAAGGCACUGAACAGAAACGACAACUUUAACGAGAGAGCCAACUAAUCUAGCUAAUUAUAACCCUCAUAAUUAUAUUGUAAUCUUAAAUAACAGCGGCCAUGGCGUCAAGUGAAUAUUCCCAAACUGCUAGCCACGGGGGUUAUGGUGGAUAUGGAAGUCAGUCCAACCAAGGUUACAGUCAACCGUCUAGCCAGAGCUACAGCCAGCAGGGCUACGGGGGAUACAGCCAAAACUCGGAGAGCAGCUCCGCUCCCUACAGCCAGGGAGGUUACGGCUCCAACUAUGGACAAGCCCAGGCAGGUGGAUAUGGGUCCCAACCUCCUUCCCAGGGCUAUAGCCAGUCUAGUCAGUCAUACAGCUCUGGUGGCUAUAACAGCAGCAGCCAACCCCCGCAAGGUGGAAGCUAUAGUCAGCAGCCGUCCUAUACGGGCUAUAGCCAGUCACAGUCCACUCCUGCCUCUACCUCUAGCUACGGCAGCAGCUCUCAGUCGUCGGCCUAUGGACAGCAGCAAGGAGGAUGUAGUUAUGGGGGCCAGAGUGCUGGAUACGGUGGCACCGGAGGGCAGGGCACAGGAUAUGGAGCCAGUGGGGCCCAGGGUGGAGGAUACGGAAGCAGUGGGGCCCAGGGUGGAGGAUAUGGGGCCAGUGGGGGUCAAACUGGGGGUUAUGGAGGGCAACAGCAUUCCUCUCAGCACAGUGGAGGUCCUUACAAUCAGCCCUCUAGUUACAGUUCACCUCCACCCCAAAGCUAUGGCCAGCAGAACCAGUAUGGACAGGGAGGAGGCUACAAUCCGGAUGCCCCACCCAUGAGUGGUGGUAGUGGUGGUGGUGGAGGAGGUUAUAGUAGCCAAGAUGGUGGUUAUGGCCAAGAUGGGCGUGGUGGUCGUGGCCGUGGAGGCUUUGGAGGUCGAGGAGCUGGCGGGUUUGACAGAGGGGGCCGCGGGGGACCCCGAGGCAGAGGAAUGGGAAUGGGCGAUCGUGGAGGAUUCAAUAAGUUUGGUGGGCCGCGGGACCAUGGACCCGGUGGGCCUAAUAUGCAGGAGCAGGAUAACUCUGACAAUAACACCAUCUUCGUGCAAGGGUUGGGAGAUGACUAUACUGUGGAAUCCGUGGCGGAAUUCUUCAAGCAGAUUGGCAUCAUCAAGGUCAAUAAAAAGACCGGCAUGCCUAUGAUAAACCUCUAUACGGACCGAGACACAGGGAAACUGAAGGGCGAGGCAACUGUUUCUUUUGAUGACCCCCCUUCUGCUAAAGCUGCAAUCGACUGGUUUGAUGGAAAAGAUUUUAACGGAAACCCCAUUAAAGUGUCGUUUGCAACGCGCCGGGCAGACUUUGGACGUGGUGGUGGAGGCAUGAGGGGUGGACGUGGUCGAGGAGGACCAAUGGGAAGAGGUGGCUUUGGUGCAGGAAGAGGUGGUGGUGGUGGUGGUGGUUUCCCGGGUAAUAAUGGCAGUGGAGGAGGCCAGCAACGAGCUGGCGACUGGAAGUGUUCAAACCCGACAUGUGGAAAUCUGAACUUCUCUUGGCGUAAUGAGUGUAAUCAAUGUAAAGCACCCAAACCCGAGGGUGCUGGUGGAGGCAUGCCACCUAUGGGAGGAGGGUAUGGUGGAGACCGUGAGCGGGGCAGGGGUGGUUUUGAUCGUGGUGGGUUUCGUGGACGGGGUGGUGACAGAGGGGGCUUCAGAGGAGGGAGAGGGGGUGACAGAGGUGGAUUCGGCCCUGGCAAGAUGGACUCCAGAAGUGAACACAGACAUGACCGUCGGGAAAGACCUUACUGAUAUCUGAACAAGGAUAUGUGUUCCUGCUCCCUUCCAAACACCUUAAGGCUGGGACCAGUAUAUUCCACAACUCACCAUUUGUUAAACAUACAUUUUAUAUGCACUUGUACAUUGCAAGCAAGAUUCCCAUAGUUUAGGUUUAGCUCUGCACUGAAAAUAAUUUAGCUAGGACUUGGAUUAAUUCAGCCAGGGUAUUAUUUAAGUUUGAAAGAUAUUGUGCUCCCUGUAAAACAUUUAUUUGCAUCAGUAUUUGUGAAAAUUGUUUUUCUUUGUAGAGGUUUUUUUUUUUUAUUAUUUUUUUUUUUUAUUGGCUAUAGAAAUA